CGGCCCCGCGCCGCGUCCGCCGGGAUCGGGGCCAUGGCCGGGCUGUCCCGCACCCUCGGCAUCUUCGGCGCCUUCGUGGCCGUGGUGGGAGCCGCCUUUUACCCCAUUUAUUUCCGGCCGCUGCUGCUGCCCGAGGAGUACAAGAAAGAACAGGUAAUGAACCGAGCUGGUAUUGUUCAAGAGGAUAUUCAGCCUCCAGGGUUAAAAGUGUGGUCGGAUCCAUUUGGAAGAAAGUAAUUGGCGGCUGGGUGUAUUGCAAAACUGAAGAUGGACGUCUUCAGCUGCUUCUUCUUUCACUGAAGAGUGAAUUUGGGUGUCGCUGGAGGAGAAUUCUGAAUAUCCUGUGUGAGCACAUGAGGAGCAACAAAGGCCACUGGUUGGAAUCCCAGGAGAUAAAAACAUGCUAGUUUUGAGAGAGAAUGCUGGUGCAUGGCUCACAAACUGUUAGAAAGCUGAAUGAUUGAGUAUAGAAGGGAAAUAUUUAUUUCCUUGAGGAAAGGAAAAAGGGUUUUCUUCUAAUGUGUAGACACUUACAGAGUAGAUUAUGGAUAGAAUAAAUCAUGCACACUACUGCGAUUUCCUCCCUAGUUUGAAAGUUACAACAUGGUGAGUGUAAAAUUUGUACAUUAAAAUUUUUAAACUAC